GGAUGAGGACCGCGCAGGAAACUUCCAGGAAAGAUGUCGCGGCGACGCGGACGUGGAUCGCCAGACGACGAAUCGGGGGAAUGACGAUAUAUUGGAUUUGCCGCUGUCGUUGUUGAUCGAAGAAGGCGAGUAGUAGAAUUUAUUAUGGGCUCGAAGGGGGCGGUCCUGUUCUCAUUCGUCUUCCUCUGAUCCGAAAACCCCCUCGCCGUUCGCCAUUGUUUCCUUCGGUUGGGCUGUCGGAUGUGCGCUUUGCUCCCGGCGUCAUGAAAAGGUCCGAAUUCAUCAACAUCAUCAAGAGCACAGCAUGCCUCAAUACGUCAUCUGCGGAUACUGGGAAAGGGCGGAGCAAGUUGUCAAGUACCAAAGUAUCUCAUGGAUUCCACUUGGUGAAAGGGAAAUCAGGUCACGAUAUGGAAGACUACCAUGUGGCAAAAUAUAGAUAUGAAAAAAAUCAUGAGCUUGGCCUAUUUGCUAUUUUUGAUGGUCAUUUUGGGGAUAGUGUACCAAGCUUCCUGCAAGCCACCCUUUUUGACAAUAUACUAAAAGAGCCUUUGUUUUGGAGCGAUCCUAAAUCGGCAAUUAAGAAUGCUUACUGCUCCACAAAUAAUGCUAUUCUUGAAAACUCAAAGCAUUUGGGGCCUGGGGGUUCAACAGCAGUCACAGUGAUUGUAGUUGAUGGCAAAGAUCUGUGGAUAGCCAACAUAGGCGACUCCAGAGCUGUCUUGUCUGAAAGAGGGGCUGCUAAGCAACUCACCGUCGAUCAUGAGCCCCAUGUGGAGCGAAGUAGGAUCGAAAAGCAAGGCGGUUUCAUAACAAUUUUUCCUGGUGAUGUUCCCCGUGUUAAUGGCCAACUUGCGGUCGCAAGGGCUUUCGGUGACCAAAGCCUCAAGGCACAUUUAAGUUCAGAACCUGAUGUUAGACAUGUCCCAAUAGACUCGACUACAGAGUUUGUUAUACUUGCGAGUGAUGGAUUGUGGAAGGUAAUCAACAAUCAGGAAGCUGUCGAUCUCGUAAAAUCCAUAAAGGAUCCUCAGGCUGCAGCGAAGCGUCUGACGACGGAAGCCUUGGCAAGGAAGAGUAAAGACGAUAUUUCAUGCAUCAUGAUUCGUUUCAGAUGUUGAGAAAAAUGGCAUUCACAUCCUAUUGGAGGGAUUAGAGCUUAGUUGGGAUUGGUUCGCUGAAAAGAAAGAAGAAGCUUGCGUUACAAGAAAACAAAAUCAAGGCAAUUGAAUAGCAAAACAAAGUGUAAGGUUUCAUUCUAUCACAUAUAUAUAUAUAUAUAUAUAUAUAUAUAUAUAUAUAUAUAUAUAUAUAUAUAUAUAUAUAUAUAUAUAUAUAUAUAUAUAUAUAUAUAUAUAUAUAUAUAUAUAUAUCAGGUGGAUAGAUAGUAGGAUAUUACAGAAAAUUGGACUUGUACGAGAUAUGUAUUUGCUUUAUGGAACAAAAAAUAAAUAAAAGGGACAAAAAGGGGGAAAAGUGAAAAUGAAAUUAUGGAAAAAUUAGAUUCCGUUGCCGGGACUCGAACCCGGGUCUCUCGGGUGAGAGCCGAGUAUCCUAACCAACUAGACUACAACGGAUUUGCAUAACCUUACAAUUAUAUAGCGUAUAAAAAUGUUUAUUAAUGUAAUAUUUCAAUUCUUUCUUGAUUUAUUUCAUCAUUACAAUUGGAUUCA